CAGGUAACAAAGGCUUCACCUUUCACACAUUACAUUCCAUCCAUCAUCAACAUUUCAAUCAUCCUAAAACCCCAAUAAUCUAUAAAGAAGUUAAGAGGGGCCAAGCCAACCCCCAUUACAAAGAAAAGGAAGAGAGAAAAAAAACAGAGAAAAAAAGUUGAUAGCUUCCUGUCAAAGUUCCUUUUGUUCAUAUGAUCCCUUCUUCUUCUAUAUAUAAUUAAACAACGCAUUAGACUGCACUCUCUUAGUUUCUUUCACUGUGUAAUUAAAAUUCUCCAGUUGAUAGGCUGCAAAUAUGGAUGAGUCGUGGCGCAUGCGCAUGGGAUUAAUGCCGACCCUCCCGCGGCGGCGCUCUGCUGAGCACGUCUCCACUCGUUCGGUGUUUGCUGCCGCGGAUGACUGCCAGACGCUCGAUCCGGACUAUUUUGCUGACGUUUUUGGGGGACCGCCGCGUAGCGUCCUCCCGCGCGAAUUCUCCGGCCGCACAACUUCCUUCUACGAGGAGAUUUUCCGGCCACCAGAGUUUGGUUUACCGGCGGAUAAGAGAGGCCGGAGCUUGCCGGCUUUCAGGAUUCCAGGGAGGAGCGAGGGGUUCUAUAGCGAUAUCUUUGGAUCGGACGACGACGGUGGCCAGCGGAGGUCGAGAGAGCGAUCGAGGCCAAACUCGAAGGCGAAAUCCAACUCGUCGUCGGUGCUGAGCUCGGAGGAGCUCAGCCCUCUCCGGCCGAUCAUCGGAGAUGACGUGGCAUUGUCCUCCUUCGCUUCAAAGCUCAGACCACUAAAUGUACCAUGUAGAUGGAACUCAUCGACUAUGCUGCCUACCAAACAAGAAAAUUCGGAGAAACAAGGCACAGCAGCUCUGCAUUGCAAUCGCAUGUCUUUCACUGAAAACCAAGUUAUGGAAAAUGCACAUGAUGAAGGUUUUAGAAGCUCCUAUUUUGGAUUUACAAGAAAGGUCUUGUCCCCAGAAACCAUUAGUCUCGAACCCAAUUCAUAUCGAAGCGUCAAGCUAUCUGUGGAUGAUCUAGAGCUCAAUUCCCCAUCCUCGGCAGUCUCUUCACUCUGUCAAGAACAUGAGGUCAAAUUUGGGAUUCGGGAUCGUGUUUUUGAUUAUGAAAAAGAAGUAAUGCGAGCAGUAGAACGAGAAGAAGACGAUGAAGCAAUGAGCUCUUAUGUGAUUGAGAUCAAUUCUGAGCAUAGGGAGGGUACAUGUGAAGCAGGUGGUAUUGAAGAAGCAAUUGCUUGGGCCAAAGAGAAGUUUCAAACACAGAGUAAUUCUGAGAAAGAAGGGAGCUUGACCCAACAGGAGAAUGAGCAGUCUGUUGGAAUGGAUCAAGAAGGUACGCCUAAUAAUGUGGAUGAAUUCUCAGAUAAUCAGCAGAGAGAUGAACUUCAUGAAAUGACUCAAUCUCCAGAGGAAGAAGAAGAAGAAGAAGAAAGAACAUGGGUUGCUGAAGAUGAAAACCAACAUUCAGAAAAAGAGAUUGAAAUGGAGCUUUUGGAUGAAGACAUAAGGCUAUGGUCAGCUGGCAGAGAAUCCAACAUUCGUUUGCUGCUUUCAACACUACACCAUAUUCUAUGGGCUGAUAGUGGAUGGUAUGCAAUUCCUUUGACAAGCCUAAUAGAAAGUUCACAGGUCAAGAAAGCCUACCAGAAAGCAAGGCUCUGUCUCCACCCAGACAAACUGCAACAAAGAGGAGCAACACUUUCUCAAAAGCACCUUGCUGAAAAGGCCUUCUCCAUCCUCCAGGAUGCAUGGGCUCUGUUCAUCUCCCAAGAUGUGUUCAUUAUUUAGCGGAUCAUCUGAACUCCCUUGGAACUCAGUUUUGGCUUGAAGGUGGCAAUUGAAGAACCAGCAAGUUUAAGUACGCAAAAUGUUCAAACUUUGCAAUAUUCAUGAAGAAUCUCUGCACCAUGGAUAUAGGUGAAAUGUAAAUUAGUGCAUGUCUUCAUGAAGAAUGUACAUUUUUCGAUUAACUGCGCUUGGUAUUUUAUCUGUAUAUUUUU